AUAGCAAAUAAACACAGUACUUGAACACAAGUACAUAAACACAGUACAUAAACCAGUACUUGAACAAGCGAGUUUAGUGCUGUGAAGAAACUAAACCAAAGUGAUUGUGGAGGCUGGGCACAGUGGCUCAUACCUGUAAUCCCACCACUUUAGGAGGCCAAGGUGGGCAGAUUACCUUAGGUCAGGAGUUCAAGACCAGCCUGGCCAACAUGGUGAAACCCUGUCUCUACUAAAAAUACAAAAUUAGCUGGGUGUGGUGUGGUGGCAUGUGCCUGUAAUCCCAGCUAUUUGGAAGGCUGAGGCAGGAGAAUCGCUUGAUCCUAGGAGGCGGAGGUUGCAGUAAGCUGAGAUCACACCAUUGCACUCCAGCCUGGGUGACAGAGCGAGACUCUGUCCCCCACCCCCGCAAAAAAAAAAAAAAAGAGUGAUUAUGAAGAUGGCUUUUGGACUGGGUGGGAAGGCAUCUGUGAAGAGCUGCAAAGUAAGGGAAAGAAGCUGUUGGAGGAGAGAGCUGGAAUGCUGGAAGGAGGAGCUUCUGGAGAAAGAAAGCAGGCAUGAAGAAUGCUCUGCACUAGAAGGAACUUGGUCUACUGGGGGAACAGCAAGGAGGCUGAAGCACAGUGAGCAGGAUCUUCCAUGCAUAGCCUUGAAGGCCCUGGAUUCUAUUUGGAUUUUAUUCUGAAGUAAUUGCAUUUUAAACAAGAAAGUGAUGAGAUCUUAUUUCCCUUUAAAAAAGAAAAAAAAGAUUGAUGACUCUGAGUGCUGUGUGAACAGUGGGUUGGGGUGGGGGCAGUGUGGAAGCAAGGAGACCAGAUAUUAGACCAGAAGACUAAUAAUGGUGGCUUGGACUAGGAUGAUGGUCUUGGAAAUCAAGGGAAGUGGAUCAACAGGUUUUUGUUUCUUUGUUUGUUGUUGUUUGAAAUAGAACCUAUAGGACUUGCUGAUGGAUAGAUGGAGGGGUAGGAGAAGGCACACUGACUCUGAGUUUCUGACUUAACUAACUGGAGGAAAUGUGGUGCCAUUUAAAAUGUUACCUGAGGGAGGAUCAGGUUGAAGGAGUUUUAAAAGCUUUAAAAGUUGAGGUUCCUAUUAUAGAUACCAGUAGAGGUGUCACUGGGGAGUUGUAAGUGUGAAUCUAGAGUUUUGAGCUUUGUCAAGGGUACGAAGACGGGUGCCUGAGCCAAAGAAGUUUAGGUGAGAAGUAUGAGGAAUGGGCUGAGGCUCCUUAGAAAUUACUGCUUGGGCUGGAAGAUCCUGAAGGUGGCAGGGGCUUCCUGCGCAUCUCCCAGUUCUCACCGACUCUCUGGUAUCGUUUAGUUUUUCAGUGGGACCCAGUCUUUUUUCCUCUGGGCCUGGUUCCUUCCUGGCUCCAGGCAUCUUUCCCACCCCGCUGACGCUUGCUUUUCCAGUUAAGCGGGAAUUAGGAAAAGGUCUGGGACCAGCCCUCUCUUCGUCAGAUGCAUCUUUGCUCAGGUGCCCAGUGACUCAGUUUCCCUGGUCACACAUUGAGAUUCUCGCCAUUCCUCAUCAUUAGCUCGGGGGCUGGUGAUCUACAUAUGCAAAUGAAUAAUUAUCAAUAAUUAUAGGCUGAAUCAGUGGCUAUACUACAAAUAGAACUCAGGCGUCUUGACUCAGAAGCCUGGGGUUCUCCCCACCGCCCAGCGCACGCUGCGUCUGCCCCGUCGCCCGGACCCUCCCGGUGUAUUCUCAGUAGUAACAGAUUUAGUUCCUCCGCGGCGCCCUCUCGCUUCCGCGCCCUGCGCCGUCGCCGGACGAGGCGUGGGCGGGCAGAGGGCGGGGCCUUCGUAGGCCUGGGGCGGGGCUACACAUUGGGCGGGGCUUCCUCGAGUUCCGGAGUCCAGUCGCUGGCUGCCUUGCUGAAGCGGAGAUGCAGCCACCGCCCCGAAAAGUGAAGCCGGCCCAGGAGGUGAAGCUUCGCUUCCUGGAACAGCUGAGCAUCCUUCAGACCCGGCAGCAAAGGGAGGCGGAUCUGCUGGAGGACAUCAGAUCCUACAGCAAGCAGAGGGCAGCCAUUGAACGGGAGUAUGGGCAGGCACUCCAGAAACUGGCUGGUCCAUUCCUGAAGAGGGAAGGGCAUCGGAGUGGCGAGAUGGACAACAGGGUCAGGACAGUAUUUGGUGCCUGGCGCUGCCUGCUGGAUGCCACCGUGGCUGGGGGCCAAACCCGGAUCCAGGCAUCCGACCGAUACCGUGACCUAGCAGGGGGUACAGGGCGGAGCGCCAAGGAGCAGGUGCUUAGGAAGGGAACAGAGAACCUCCAGAGGGCGCAGGCUGAGGUGCUGCAGUCUGUCCGGGAGCUGAGCCGAAGUCGGAAGCUGUAUGGGCAGCGGGAACGAGUGUGGGCCUUGGCACAGGAGAAGGCAGCUGAUGUCCAGGCCAGGCUAAACCGAAGUGACCAUGGGAUCUUCCACUCUCGCACCAGUCUCCAGAAACUGAGCACCAAGCUGUCCACUCAGUCAGCCCAGUACUCCCAGCAGCUGCGAGCAGCCCGCAAUGAGUACCUGCUUAACUUGGUGGCUACCAAUGCCCACCUCGACCAUUACUACCAGGAGGAACUGCCAGCUCUGCUCAAGGCCCUGGUCAGUGAGCUGUCAGAACACUUGAGGGACCCCCUGACCUCCCUGAGCUGCACUGAGCUGGAAGCCGCAGAGGUCAUCCUGGAGCAUGCCCACCGUGGGGAGCAGACAAUCUCCCAGGUAAGCUGGGAGCAAGACCUGAAGCUGUUUCUUCAGGAGCCUGGUGUAUUUUCCCCCACUCCACCUCAGCAGUUUCAGCCAGCAGGGACUGAUCAGGUGUGUGUCCUGGAGUGGGGAGCAGAAGGCAUGGCUGGCGAGAGUGGCCUGGAGAAAGAGGUUCAGCGCUUGACCAGCCGAGCUGCCCGUGACUACAAGAUCCAGAACCAUGGGCAUCGGGUACUGCAGCGACUGGAGCAGAGGCGACAGCAGGCUUUAGAGAGGGAGGCUCCAGGCAUAGAACAGAGGUUACAGGAAGUGCGAGAGAGCAUCCACCGGGCACAGGUGAGCCAGGUGAAGGGGGCUGCCCGGCUGGCUCUGCUGCAGGGGGCAGGCCUAGAUGUGCAGCGCUGGCUGAAGCCAGCCAUGACCCAGGCCCAGGAUGAGGUGGAGCAGGAGCGACGGCUCAGUGAGGCUCGGCUGUCCCAAAGGGACCUCUCUCCAACUGCUGAGGAUGCUGACCUUUCUGACUUUGAGGAAUGUGAGGAGACUGGAGAGCUCUUUGAGGAGCCUGCCCCCUCAGCCCUGGCCACCAGGCCCCUCCCCUGCCCUGCACAUGUAGUAUUUCGCUAUCAGGCAGGGCAUGAGGAUGAGCUGACCAUCAUGGAGGGUGAGUGGCUGGAGGUCAUAGAGGAGGGAGACGCUGACGAAUGGGUGAAGGCUCGGAACCAGCACGGCGAGGUAGGCUUUGUCCCUGAGCGGUAUCUCAACUUCCCCGACCUCUCCCUCCCAGAGAACGGCCAAGACAGUGACAAUCCCUCCGGGGCAGAGCCCACAGCAUUCCUGGCGCGGGCCCUGUACAGCUACACCGGACAGAGUGUAGAGGAGCUGAGCUUCCCCGAGGGGGCGCUCAUCCGUCUGCUUCCCCGGGCCCAAGAUGGAGUAGAUGAUGGCUUCUGGAGGGGAGAAUUUGGAGGCUGUGUUGGGGUCUUCCCCUCUCUUCUGGUGGAAGAGCUGCUUGGCCCCCCAGGGCCACCUGAACUCUCUGACCCUGAACAGGUGCUGCCAUCCCCUUCUCCUCCCAGCUUCUCCCCACCUGUACCUACCUCUGCGUUGGAUGGGCCCCCUGCACCUGUCCUGCCUGGGGACAAAGCCCUGGACUUCCCUGGGCUCCUGGACAUGAUGGCACCUCGACUCAGGCCGAUGCGUCCACCACCUCCCCCGCCAGCUAAAGCCCGGGAUCCUGACCACACAGAUCCCCUCACCUGAAGGCCAGGGAAUCCCUGACCCCCAGUGAUGCUGCUGCCCCUAUCUUCAAGCUGUCAGACCACACCCUCAGUGAUCCAGAGCAACACAGCCAAAAGCUGGAAUAUCCCUUAUUUCCCCCCUCACCUCCAAGGGUAGAAACUUGCCCCUUCCCACUUCUGGGGCUGGAACCUACUCCUUUUUUUCCAAUUGUUCUAUCAUCUCUAGGACUGAACUACUCCUUUCUCUUCUGCCACCGCCCUACUUAGGGUGGUAAAUGCCUGAAAUCUCUGGGGCUGGAAACCAUCCAUCAAAGUCUCUAGUGGUCCUGGCCUACCUCUGUCUCCACCCUGGCUCUGUGACCCACCCCACUCUGGAUGCCAGGGUUACUGGGGUUGGGCCUGGGAGAGGAACAGGCCUUGGGAAUCAGAAGGAGCUGGAGCCAGGAUUCGAAGCAGCUGUAAUGGUCUAAGCGGAUUUAUUGACAGUGAAUAAAGGGCAUGAAGGCCAGGCCAGGGCCUGGGCCUCUUGUGCUAAGAGGGCAGGGGGUCUAUGGUGCUAUUGCUUUAGGGGCCCACCAGGGGCAGGAGCCUACUCCCAGCUGCCAGGCUCUAUCAUACAGAGCGAGGUGUUGGGGAAGGCCAGUCAGGCAGCCUGUUGCAGGCAGGGGAAGGAGAAGAGACUGAGGGGCCAUGACCUCUCUUGAGGCCCCUCAGCCUGAGACCAUGCAACUCCAGGUGGAAGUAGAGCUGCUCCCUCAGCAGGAGGGCAGUGCUGUCCAGUAGAGGGGAGGGCCAUCACGCCCACCCACCCCCUGGCCCUGCCAGCUGGUAGUCCAUCAGCACAGUGAAGAAGGAGACUUGGAGAAGAGGAAGAGUAACAAGUCUGUUGCUUCCUAUUCAAGCUGUGUCCAGCUUUUCCCCUGGGGCUGCAGAACCUUCCCUACUCCCACCACCAAACCAAGGGAUUUAUAGCAAAGGCUAAGCCUGCAGUUUACUCUGUGGGUUCAGGGAGCUGAAAGGCUUAAGUAGUUUAAGUAGGUGUUGGGAAGGCAAGAUUACCUCAUUUAGGGCUCAGGCAGACUCACCUCACAUACCCCCUGCUCCCCGUGGUAGAGACACCUGAAAGAAAGGGGAGGACCAAUAAUCAGAUAACAGGAGUAGGUCCUAUCAGUGCCCCCCAGAGUAGACAGCAAUAAGAGCUGAGCCCAAUGCAGCCCUGGCUGUUUUUUCCUACCUGGUGAUUAGAAGUGUCCGGUUUGCUUGGCUGCCCAUUUUCCUCUUGAGUGGGCAGCCCUGGGCUAGGCCCCCUCCCUCCAGCCCUCAGUGUUGGCUCUGUAGAGGCUCUGGGGUUCCCUUCAAGUGCACAAGGGGCUAGGCUGCUGUCUCUGAGUCUUCCAUUCUGUACUGGGGGGCUGGCUAGGACCUGGGGCUGUGGCCUCUCUGGGGGCAGCCGCUCCAUGGCAGGCAUCCCCGCCUUGGGCUGUCCUCCUCCAGACCCCUGACCACCCCCUGGGUCCUGUCCCCCACCGGAGCCCCAGCUCCUGUCCGUGGGGGAGCCAUCACGGUGUUCGUGCAGUCCAUAGCGCUUCUCAAUGUGUGUCACCCGGAACCUGGGAGGGGAGGGAACACUGGGGUUUAGGACCACAACUCAGGGGCUGCUUGGCCCUCCCCUCUGACCAGGGACAUCCUGGGUUUGGUGGCUACUUCCCUCAAGCCUAAGGUAGGGGAGGCCUUCUAAGAUUGUAGGGCACACCGUAUGCCUGACUCCUGCUGGAGCUCCCAGUCCAGGAGGAAAGAGCCAGGGCCCACUUUUGGGAUCAAGUGCCUGAUCUUUGGGCCCCCUACCUCAACCUCCCUUUCCCUGGAGCACCUGCCCCACCUUCCCACAGAGAACACAGUGGUCUCCCCUGUCCGGGGGCGGCUUUUUCCUUCCUUGGACCGUCCCUGGCGGACAAGUGGAGGCCUCUUGCUGCGGCUGCAAUGGAUGCAAGGGGCUGCAGAGCCCAGGUGCACUGUGUGAUGAUGGGAGGGAGCUCCGUCCUGCAGGCUGGAGGUGGCAUCCACACUGGACAGCAGGGAGGAGGGGAGCAGGGGUAACAUUUCCAUUUCCCUUCAUGUUUUGUUUCUUAUGUUCUUUCAGCAUGCUUCUUAAAACUCCAGAAGCCCCAAUUUCCCCAGACCCUGACAUUUUUUCAUGUCUUUAAUAAACUCAACAUGAAGAUGUUA